ACCGACGGUCGACGAAUACGCCGAAUAAUAUCCGCGUCGUCUCUGUAACACAUACUUAGUAUAUAUUAAUAUAAUAAUCAUACAAGUAAUUUCUGUUACUUCGCACAUCAUACGACAUAACAUCGGUGCCAUCAGCUGAACAAUAUUAACGUACUUUUAUAGAGAAUAAAAACUUUACAUCCGAGUGAUAUCGCGCAUGACCCGCGACUAAACACUGACCGUCGACGACUGACUGACUUCUCACCGCCCCCUGUAGCGGUGAUACGACUCCGAAACCCUUACGGCAUCCGCAUCCGCAACAGGUCGCAGCGGUUAUUAUGGAUCUCACAUACUUGGUCGUCGCCGUAUUCGGAAUGUGCGUCUUGCGGCCGUGCAGUUCGCUGCCUGCAGCAGCCGCCGCCGCCGCCGCCGCUGCUCCUACGCCUACCCCAUCAUCACCAUCGCUGCAGGUCGCCGCCGCCGAACCGGCCGUCCACAAUGACAAAAGGUCCAGGUCGCUGUUCCAGUCGCCGCCGCAGGCUCCGCACCAGUACCAUCUCCACGCCGGCGGUGCGGUCGAUCUGUACGAUGACGUGAUGAACGACUUACCGUAUUACCUGCAGCACCAACAGCACCAGCACCAGCAACAGCAGCAAUUGUUGCAGGACCCGACCGGCGAGGACGAUCUGAGGAUGACCGUCGACGAGGACGACGACAACGGCGAAAACGGCGUCGGCCAGGACAUUAUGCGGCUGUCGAGCCGGGCACGACCCGCCAAGCCCGACUCGCCCAUGUACUUUAUCCGGUUACCGCCGCAACCGUACAUGUACGUGCCCGGUUACGGUUACGUCAGCCAACCGACCCGGUUGGAACCGCCGCCGUUCACGCAGCGGCCGCACUCGCCGUUCCUGAACCUGCCGCUGAGCUACGUGUCCAACGCCAAGCCCGUGGGCAUCUACACGCUGCCGCAACAGCACCACCAACAGCAGCAGCAGCAUUUGUCGGUCAGGCCGCCGAAACCCAACAGACGUCCACAACCGUCACCCACGCCACCGCCUCCGCCGCCGCAGCAACAGCAACCGGAUUCGCCCAUCUACAAUCUGGACAAAGGUCCGUACGUGUUCAACGGCCGUCCGACCGACGUUUUCCUGUUGCAGAGCGCAUACGACAACUUGUACUCUGAAGUGUUGCAAAACAUUUACCCAUAAACGACCGUCGCGCGAUUUAUCACGGACGAUACGAGACAAUAUAUCGUUAUAAUUAUUAUAAAACAUUGUAAUUUAUUAUUAUGAUUAUUAUUAUUAUUAUUAUUAUUAUUACUAUUAUUAGUCAUUAAUCGCAACGCCGAGCCUCGACGCCGACCGCCGUCGUGAUCGUCUAAGAAGACUAUCUGUUCACGUGAUCUUACGAAUCAAAAACAUAAAAAUUAAAUAAUAAGAGAUACGGACGCGACCGCUGAUGUAAAUAAUAUACACAUCAAACUGGAAUGACAACGCGCGUAUUCUAUUAUAAUUAUUUAUUAUUAUUUUCUUACUUUUUAUUGUUAUUAUAUAUUU